UUCUGUGACUGAUUUCUUGAACUAUGGAUUUUACAUUCUACUUUGUUUUGACGCUUAUCAAUUUAGCAUGGUGUACAGAAAAAGUAUGCUUUAAAGACAUUUCCAAUGUGGACACAUCUUGUGAUCCUGACUAUUAUUGGAGAGAUUUUAGAGGCAAGAUUCCACCAGAUGCGAUCGAAGGUGGGAUGACAGCUUCUGGAACACCAUUUUAUGUUGCCCAAGUGUACAUAAAAAAAUAUGGAUUGUUACCAGCUACUGUUUUCCGUAACAAACCUGAAGCUGUAGCAAAUGCUCAUGGUAAAAAACUGGAAACUACCGAGAACAUAAAGGUGCUAUGCAGCAAGAAUAAAAAUAACUUUAAGUGGGUAUCCAUUAGAAGCGAAGAUUUAAACCUGCUUACAAACACUCAUCUUGUUGUUGGUGGUAGUGAAGGUGAUCAGGUACUGUAUAUUGGACGAGCUUUUGAUGACGGAUCCACAGUUUUGGGAAAAAUAUUCAAGCAUAACCUUCGGUAUAAGGGACUAUGGGUUCCAAGCCAAGAGCACGAGGUUAACUAUCUACAUUAUGAAGUCUUAACUUAUGUCUGUCCUAAUAGCCAAGUUAUUGUAAAUUCCGAAUAAAAUGUAUUGUCACGAUUAUGUCAUAUCAAAGUUUCUAAUAAAAUAAUUUUAUUAAAUAA